AUGUUUCCACAACUAACAAGCUCCUACGUAGACGAUGAAGAUGAUGCAUUGCCAUCAUUACCACAAAAAAAGAAAGCGGCGUCUAAAAAGACUGUCCAUUUGUUAGACAUUCGAACAGGAAAAGAUGGCGAUGAAUGGCGAGAUGUUUUGCGACAAAUCGAAGCUCGUAAACGAAAAAGACGUCAAACACAACCGAAACAUCCAAGACGUGCUUUAUUUUGUCUUACACUUGAUAAUAAAUUAAGAAAAACAUGUAUUAGAUUAGUGGAAUGCAAACCAUUUGAAUAUUUGGUGUUAUUAACAAUCUUUUGUAAUUUUGUGACAUUGGCAUUGAAUAAACCAUUACCGAAUCAUGAUACAUCACCGAAGAGUAGACUUGAACACAUUGAAUAUUUAUUUUUGGCUACUUUCACACUCGAAGCCAUAUUAAAAGUCAUUGCCUAUGGUUUUUGUUUACAUCCAAAUGCCUAUUUAAGAAAUGGAUGGAACAUUUUAGAUUUUGCCAUUAUUAUUGUCGACGUGAUCUUACUCAAAUAUGAUGUUCAAGUAUUUGAUGUAAACUCACUGAGAGCAUUUCGUGUUAUUCGGGCAUUAAAACUAGUUCAUGGAGUACCCAGUUUAGAAAUUGUUCAUAAUUCAAUAUUACGUGCUAUGGUUCCUUUGUUACAUAUUGCUUUGUUAGUUUUAUUUGUUAUUAUUAUUUAUGCAAUUAUUGGAUUAGAAUUAUUUUGCGGUAAAAUGCAUAUGACAUGUUACUAUAAUGGAACUGAUAUAAUGCCUUCUCCGGACGAAAUUCGACCGUGUGGAGAAAACACAGGCCGACAAUGUCCCGAAGGUCAAGAAUGUAAAGAUGCUGGAUGGGUGGGACCUUGGUAUGGUAUUAUUAGUUUUGAUAAUUUUGGUCUUGCAAUGUUAACCGUUUUUCAAUGUAUUACAAUGGAAGGAUGGACGCCAAUUAUGUACAGAAUUAAUGAUACUGUUGGCAGGGAAUGGAGUUGGAUAUAUUUCGGUUCACUGAUUAUUGUGGGAUCGUUUAUGGCGGUGAAUCUGGUUUUGGGUGUUCUCACAAGUGAAUAUUCCAAAGAAAGUGACAAAGCAAAGAAGCGCGGGGAUUUUAAAAAACUGCAUGAAAUGCAAAUUAUUGAUGAAGCUUACACAAAUUAUAUGGCAUGGAUAAGAAAAACUGAGAUUGACAAAGAGAAUGAACAACAAGAAGACAUCGAUAAUAAACUCAAUGGGGAACUAGGAAAAUCUGGUCAAAAAGAACGAAAAGUCGAAGCUGGAUGUGCUUGGUUAUGCAUGAAAAUGUAG